GUGGGUCCGCGAACUGACCAAUGGGAAGUGCGUAUCACCCAACAUCCUUCAUGGCGAGCUGUCCAACGCCCACAAGUCAUUUGCUUCCCGCUUGUUGGUGAUGCAGUGCGUUGGCCUGUGGUUCGGCGCCACGGACAAAGGCUCGUUGUACAUUUCUCUGGACAAGUCGCACUACUUUCCAGGUGACCUCGUGACGGGCGCGCUCCACGUCACGGCCCUUCAGCCGCUGCAGUGCACAGAGCUUGCCGUCUCCGUCGCAGGCAGCGAAGAGGUCAGCUGGACAGCAAUGUGUCAUUCGCCGCCUGUCGACAAGGGCAAUGUGUCUGCGACUCUCGACACGACCAAUGUGACGUCGACGAUCGAGAAGAAGAAUGCGUCGUCGACGAUGGAGACGCACAAAACGAGCCGCCGACUGCUGCAGAAAGAGUUUGUCUUUCACAACAUUCCGCUGCAACUCCUCCCGGGCGACCACGUGUACCCGUUCCAGUUUGAGCUGCCGACAGAUCUGCCAGGCUCCUUUGACAACAACGACCACGGCGGUAUCAAGGCCAAGAUUAGCUACACCAUCCGCGGCACGCUCUCCCUCGACAGUCUUUUUCGACGCGGUUUGACCGACACCAAGAGCCUCUUUGUUUACAUGCGUCCGAUUGGGUUCAUUGCGCCGAGCGUGGCCGAGGCGAACGAAGCGAUCCGGUUCUUGUGUUGCUUUCACUACGGGACUUGCCACGUGCAAAUUGCACUCAGCAAGACCUUGUAUGGCCCCGGCGACAUCCUGGAGAGCCAAUGUUCAAUUCGCAACCUCUCCGCCAAAGACGUGAGCAGUGUGCGCUACGAGCUCGUGCGGCUCGUUCAUGUGGCUGCAGGCGACACGCGCAACAGGUGCUCCAAAGCCAUUUGCUCGGCAUCGUUUCCUGGCGUCGCUCGGGGCGAGCACGUGGUGCAGACGCACUCGCUCCAGCUGCUUGGCCACGACGGAACCGUCUUGUACCCGAGCACGCGUGGCGAGUUUGUCUCGUGCAGUUAUGUACUCAAGGUCUCGUGCGCUAUCGGCUGGUUUACCAGCAUUCAAUUGGAACUACCUCUGGCCAUCGCGGUGCUAUGAUAGCUACUUAAAUGGGUGCGCCGCUGUAAAGGCCCCUACGAUAUGCUUGAAGCGUUGCGCUUGAAACCACUCGGGUGGUAUUUUCAAUCGUUAGGAAUGAAAUAGCCUAAAUCCGUCCUACUUCCUA